AUGGUGUUUUAUGUGACGUGUGUGAGAGGGAGUGAUAAAUUUGGUGGCAAAGUUUUGGCACUUUCGAGUUUUGAUAUUGGGGGUGCUUUAUGCUCGGCUUCCUCUUCAACUCUGUCUACCUUGUUUGCUUGUGGUUUGUGGUUGAAGAAGAACAAGGGAGCGGCGGGUCAGGAUUUGCAAUACUAUUCGGCGUAUAUGCGGUGCAAUGAAAUUUUUGGCGAGUCUCAGUUUUUUCUUUUGAUGAGUUUUAAUUCAAAAUGUGCAGAAGAGGAAAUGAUUCCUCUCGUAUGCAUUUUUGGUCAAAUGAAAAAACUCCCAGUGGAUGAGGCUUGUCUCAGGUAUAUUUUCACUCAAGCAAAAAAUAAUAUUGAUGAUGUCUUUGGAUCAAUGGGACAAGAGUUGGAGCUGGAUCUUGAUGACAAGUCUUCAGUAGGUUUGAGUCCCAAUACUGUUCUUCCAUCUCAUCAAUACCCCAGCGACACGUCUUUACAGCCUGGUUUCCUAACAUGUUGUCGUAUCCGGGGCCCACAACCCAAGUACCAGCAAAAUCACCGCAGAGUUUCCCAAAAUACCCCUGCACCUUCACAAAAAAUACUCUUCUCUUUUAGUCUCUGGUUUCGAUUCCUCUGUUUCGUCGCCAUGCCACCGACACUCUCACUCACACACUACUAUGGAUUGAUGUUAGUGGUGCUUCUCGUAGCUGUCGAAGCGCAUUCAUCGGCGAAUGGAAUCGCCGGCCAUUUUCCGACAUUCCGCGAAGCACCGGCAUUCCGCAACGGAAGAGAAUGCCGCAACCGUGCGCACGGAGACUCCGUCAUCCACAUCGCAAUGACGCUUGACGCGACGUACCUCCGCGGAUCCGUCGCCGGCGUGUUCUCCGUGCUGCAACACGCGUCGUGUCCGGAGAACGUCGUGUUCCACUUCAUCGCCACCACGCACCGCCGCCCGGAGCUACGGCGCAUCAUAACCGCGACGUUCCCGUACCUAGCCUUCCACCUCUACCACUUCGACGCGAACCUCGUGCGCGGCAAGAUCUCGUACUCAAUCCGACGCGCGCUGGACCAGCCACUGAACUACGCACGGAUGUAUCUCGCUGACUUGCUCCCGGCGACCGUCCGGCGAAUCAUCUACUUUGACUCCGACCUCAUCGUCGUCGAUGACGUGGCGAAGCUCUGGAGUAUCGACCUCCACUCGCGCGUGCUAGGCGCGCCCGAGUACUGCCACGCAAACUUCACCAACUACUUCACGCACCGCUUCUGGUCGAACCCUAGCUACGCGGCGUCGCUUGAGGGACGCGAUGCGUGCUACUUCAACACGGGCGUGAUGGUGAUCGAUCUCUGGAAGUGGCGAGAGGGAAGAUACACGGAAAAGCUCGAAACGUGGAUGCGUAUCCAGAAGCGGAACCGGAUCUACGAGCUCGGGUCGUUGCCGCCAUUUCUACUCGUGUUCGCCGGCGACGUGGAGCGCGUGGAGAACCGGUGGAACCAGCACGGCCUCGGGGGCGACAAUCUCGAAGGUCUCUGCCGCGACCUGCAUCCCGGUCCGGUGAGCCUCCUCCACUGGAGCGGCAAGGGGAAACCGUGGUUGCGAAUCGAUUCGAAGAAGCCUUGUCCGUUGGAUAGUCUUUGGGCGCCGUACGAUCUCGUUCGCCACUCUCCGUCGUUGUUCUCCGAUUCGUAG